AUGGAAAUCCCCACCAUCCCUUCCGAACUCCUGGGAUCCAUAAUUUAUACCCUUGCAAGAGAUCCUGUUGGGGGCUUGACAGCCGUCAAGGCAUGCUUUCAAGCCUCUCGUGAUUUCUUUCCAUAUUGCCGACGACAAAUCUUCGCUUCAAUCUCCCUUAACGCCAUUACAGAAGAGCGGUACGUUCGGACCUCCAAACAGUUCGAAGAAUUGAUCACCACCUCGCCGGAAGUUGCGCCUUACAUCCUCGAGUUAAAAUAUAACAUUCUCUACAAGGACACAACCUCCGCGACGCUGCCAUAUGUUCUCCGCAAGUUGACAAACCUCAGGGCACUUCAAAUACAGCAUCGCGCCAUCCACGCCGUGAAAGCAUUGGAUUGGCAAUGCUCCUACUUCUCCCGUUUGCGACACACUUUCGUCGAACUUAUUCGCAUCCCUACGCUCACACGGUUCACGCUUUCAGUCACAUCGAAAAAUUUCCCAUCUCCGACUUCUAUGGAGGUCGUAGACCUGGACGAAACAUGCAGAGCAACUGGCCCCAUUGACCAUACACCAAUUCGACUGCGCGAACUCUCCAGCAUAUAUUCUCCCGAAGCAAUCGUCAGAGUUAAGACGCCAAAUGGGACCCCCGUAUUCGACUUCAGCCGCGUCAAGAAGCUCGACCUACAGUGCGACACCGAGGGCUCCGAUAUUCCACGCAAACUCAUUCAUGGUUCAAGCUCCCUAACUCACCUCUCCCUCUGCGUCCGGCCGCCUGACAACCACCUUUCUAUCAUAAGGCUAGGAGAAAUACUCGCACCUUCAAAGCAUUCCUUCAAGAAUCUCGACCUCCGCCUCUUCCACGCUUUCGGGCAAGGCGGGGAUCCUUUCUUGGGACUAUGCCCGGAGCUCGAGCAAAUCUCUCGACAAGGCAAUGUUAUCGAAUCUAUCCAGCUGGUCAUCUGCUUAGAAAUAAAUCAGGAGAGCAGCGCCGGUGUGGAGUGGGGGGAGCUGGAUAAGGCUUUGUUGGAGACUGAGUGGCCGUGUCUGAAGGAGGUUUCGCUUGAACUUGGAAUCACGGCCGAGUUCCCGACCAAGGAAGAACAGGAAGUGGUGGAGGCCCUCCACAGAUUACCCCAGACACACUUUUCUCGACUUUGUUCGACCCCAAAUAUCCGGAGCCGUGUUUGUGUCGCCAAGGAUAGGAUAGUGGCGCUACUAACGAAGCUAAAACAGGCGAGACCAUCAGCUCGGAGCUUCUGCGUCGAUGGCCUCAUGCACGUCCCGUGCUUGAUCACAAACGAGAACGAUCAAGGGUUGUCGGCCAUCAAAGCGUGUGCCACAGUCUCCCGAGAUCUCCUGGCAAUGUGCAGGAAACACCUCUUCUCCACCAUUCACAUCCAGAGCGCCGUGAAGUCCUUUCGAUCCGAUUCGCCUUUCUCCCCUCAUGCGAUUGCGCGCACCGCCCGCUUUGUCAAGUUAAUAUCAGCGACCCCUGCGAUUGCAGACUGUGUUCGAACCCUCGACUAUGCUAUUUCGCCCCAAGACUUCGACGACGCUGCUUUAUUGAAGACGCUGGAAAAGCUCACCCGCCUUCAGUGCCUCAAACUUCGAAUCUUCAUUUCGACCAACUUGGAUGGAAUGUACUGGGACAACCCCAGAAUGGAGGACCUACGAUCCGUUCUCUUUCAGUUCAUGUCACUGCCAACGUUCACAGAUUUAACUUUGAAGGGACCUUUCCUUUCUUUCCCCCUUUCUAUCUUUGCCUCCUCCCCCAAUCUGAAGAUUCUCAGCGUGUCUGACUUGCACUUCUCCGAAAGCGACCCAUUAUACGAGUUGAAAAUUCGAUCAAACGUCCACCCUGCACGCCUGCAAGAAUUCUGUCAAGGAAUGUAUGCCGACGAAGCCACAGAAAGACUUUUACGUUGUCCAUUCCUUGAUUUUACCAACGUCACAAAGGUAUCGAUAACACUCGAGGAAUACACGGCAGAUGUCCUGAAGAGCUUUGUCCAACGACUUCAAUACCUCACAGUCAUUCACAUCAACAGUCUCACCUUGGCUGACCUAGCUGACAUUACGACUUCAUCCAAACGAUCUUUGAAGGUCCUCAAUCUCGAAAUUCUGUGCCCCUUCGCCGAUGAGGAUCCCCUACUUGGCCUCUGUCCAGAGCUCGAGCAAAUGGCUGAUGAAAACGUUCUGGAAUUCAUUCUCAUUGAUGUGACUAUCAAUGGGCCCGACGGAUGUCGGACAGGAGAGGACUGGGGAAGGCUCAGCGAGGUCUUGAUGAAGAAGGAAUGGUCGUGCCUCCAGCAAGUAUCACUGUCAAUAACGAUUGCUGGCGGUAGGAACCCGGAGUUGGAGACUGAGCUAGACAAACUGCCAUUCACGCAAUUGGCUGAAUUACGGUCAACAGAGCGCUUUAGAUUCGAAUACAGCUGCCGUAUUGAAGAGGACUAA